AUGUUCUGGAGACCAGAGAGAUGCGAAAUACCAGGAUGUAAAGGCACCACCUUGUCAUAUUGUGGUGCAUGUAAAUGUGUAAAGUAUUGCUCUAAAGAACAUCAGGUUGCAGGAUGGCCUGAACAUAAACGCGAUUGCGAACAGCUGAGGAAGCAUGGUAUUUGGGCAAAGUUCACGAGACAGGAGGAUCAAAUGGCUGUCAAUCCACUUGGCGACUUGGUACUCAAGAAUGCUGUGAAGAAGUGUGGACUGUGUAAUAGAGAGCCAGGACCAGAUCGUCCACUAAAGAAGACACCAUGUUGCAAGAACUGGGUCUGUGACAAUGAGCACCAAUAUGUAAUGAUGUCCAACUCUCGGCAGUUCUGUGCACGAUCACACAACCGCUAUACCUCAUGUGGAUGUCCCGAGGCCACUGGACACAAGCAUGACAACAAGAAGAAUGAUUGGAGAGCAUGCAAGGAAUGUAGAUCAGGUGGACAGGAUAACUGGUAUAACUGUAAUGGAUAUAACUUCUCGCCAAUGUUUGAUGCUCCCUAUGGAAGGAUGUCAAAGGAUUGCGUGGACUGUGGCGCAGCAUUCUUCCCAGCUUACGAGACAUACAGCACAAAAGAUAUUAUUGGACAGAGGCGAUACGUAUGCGAGAAAUGCACGUGUAUCAAGUCGGGAAUGGAUCCAAACAACAUCCCUGCUAGCAUUAAGAAUACAAAGCUUAACUUCUUCAACUGA